AUGCUCCAUGCCCCGCUAGUCCGAACGCUGUUGUCAAACUCGAGCGAGGUUCCAGGGAGGGGCUACCGCGGCCCUGCCGAGCCAGACGCCAGGGACGGGCAAACAUCCCACAUGCGCUACCCGAGUCUUGGUCCUUUGGUACUGACCGUCGUGAUCACUGCCACCUCUCGUGGCCAUCCUGCCACGAGACUCGAGUGCUCGUGGGCCAUAUACAGCGUUUAUUGCCCGCGUAUCCUGUUUCCUUCUGCGGGCCAGCCGCCAUCGAGUCCACGGCCUUCCCGCGGCAUCAUGAUGGAUUACCAUGGCGGUAUAGUGGCAUUCGAAGGCUCGCCCGAGAUCGUGUCGACCCAGCUGCGUCUCCUCCCCAUCUCGACCCAGAUACUGGUCCUCCCGAGUGUCCAGAACUACAUGCCCGAGAACCCCACCGGUACACCUUUCGAUACCCCCUCUUUUGUCCUUGCCGUUCACGAGGCCUCGGUGACGAGGCGGAAGUUGGCGACGGACUUCCUUAGGGACUCGAGUCCAACAAGAAAGAAGCUCGUUUUCCUCAACGGUGGUGCUGCCAACGCCCACGCCUUUGUCGUCACCACCAUCAUCCAGCGAAAGCGCUUAGAUAGCCACGCAGAGGCCGAGGCUAUUUUUGGGGAGCUCAUCAAGUAUGGCGUGCGGGCGCUCUCCCACCACCGGACCGAGGCCGCUGAGCAUAAUGAAGGUGCAGAUAGUUCGGGUGACGCUGCCCGUGAAUCCAAGAUACGGAUACGGAGUAAAAGCCAGCCGGCUCCCGCGCAUAGGUUCAUGACGGAAUCCCCCGAGCCAAUGCCUGCUUUUCGACGUGGCAAAAUGCGACAAAGAGAGAGCGACGGGCCCCCGUUGCGUUCUGAGAAAUCAAAGCCCUCCAGGCCACGCUCCAGAUCGCCCUCGAACCCGGUCAUUGAGCAGGCGGCGAUACUCAACCUGGCCCCCCUCGCCUUCCAAAAGCCCCCUAGAAGGGCUCGAUCAUUAGAGCGGCCAGCGGUCCCACGGCCAGUAUCGCUCAGACGGACCGCCUCGGUUGGACCCCACAGGAGAAGAAAUGGGCUGGCGAACGAGGAUGGCCGACGCCCGUCAUGGCUCACAGCCAACGCCCCUCGUGCACCUGCCGCUGUCAGGACCAGAGCUUCGGCAGUGGAUCUGCGGAAUUCGGUUGUUUGCAAACCAAGCGAAACGAUCAUCUCCCGUUCCUCUUCGCUGAGGAAACGAAGAGCAAGGUCUAGGGCACGAGGCGCUGGCACAGAGGCAGAUACUGAGCCUGUCCCGAGAGUCCCCGCGCUCGAUCUCUCUCGUUUUGGCCCGUCGGAGCCUGUGUUGCCUUUGUUUGAAGAUCUGGUCAUUCACUUCACCAACGGCACACGGCAUGUGGUGUUGGAGGCCAUGUUGCGGAAGUUCCAGGCCUGUGUCAAUGCGACGCCAUCCGCGGCCGUUCUGCCGGCCUCUGACGAUAGCGGCUCCGAGGCGACAGAGUUUCCAGAAACGCCGACCACGCCAGCGUCCAGUGCGAGCAUGACUGCUUCUAAGCAGCUGUCCCAACCAGUACCGCAGGCAGGCGAUAACGAGUACGAUCCAUUCAGGCCGCAGAGCUUGCAGCUUGGUCCGCCGAGUGACAUGUUCGGCACCAUGCACGUGGGAGCCCUGGGCCCGCCGACCCCUGCGCAAACGCCGCCUCCUUCAAGCGCUGACGUCAAGCCCAAGUUUCGCGAGCUGCCCAUCACGGGUAUGAAGGCUGCCGUCGAUGUGCAGGAUGCGCUCCGCUCUGUGCUGGAUACCUACUUUCCUUCCAACGAGCGGGGCUACAGCCUGAGCCGCUUCCCCUUCCUCCCCGAGAGCGAGGAGCUGUGGCGGCCAGUCUUUGGCGCCGCCGAGAACAGUGGCACUCAGCUACACAAGCGGAAGCUCAACCUCAUUGUCGCCCUCGGGGCUCAAAACGAUGUAUCAAGACCCUUCUUGGCCGCGGUGACGACUCAGGUCGAGAACAUCGGCAACAAGACAGUCAAGGGUUGCGCCACAAGGACAGGACGUAUUGAUCUGAGAUACCUCAUUGCCAACGCGAUGCAGACGUUCCUUGUAGCGCAUCCAAACAGCAACGUGUUUGCGAACCCCAUCCACAUCGCGACGCUGCUCAUCCCACAGCUGGAGAUGUACCUGGCUGCCCACACCGACGUCCACUUCGUCCUUAUCGAAUAUCCCGCCGAGCACCUGGCCACUGUGCUCGCGCUGCAGAGGCUUGCGGGGCCCGACGUGGUCAAGGUCGCGGGUGUUGUGACCAGCCUGACCGACGGCAAGUCGCCGACGGAGCCCUCCUCACCUGCCACCACGGCGCACCAUCAAAACCACCCCCCUGUAUCCCUGACCAACUCCAAGCUGAGCCACUCGAGGACGGCAUCCCUUAAAGCGACGCAGUCGCCCGCGAGCGUGGCCGAGCGGCUCAAGUUCUCGCAGGCAAACUUCUCGCUGGUCGCAGGCGCCACCGACGCCGAGAUCGCCACCUUCAUCACCGCCAUCUGGAAGGCCCUCAUUGACACGUCGCCGCUGUACAUCCCAGAGCAACUCUCGUCUCCGCCGCGCAUCAACAGCACCUGGACUACCGGUGGCGGUGCCCCCGCGUACAACAUCGGCUCGUCCCCGCUCGGCCACCUGGGCGGCCCAAGCGGCCUGCCGUCGCCGCCGCCCUUGCCGGACGUGGCGCCGACCGCGUCCCGCAGCGGCGGCCGCACCAACGGCGGCGGUGGCGGCCACCACGCGAGGUCCACCUCCCCCGCCCCCUCGACCCGCUCCCGCGUCUCGCUCGGCUCGACGCGCACCACCAGGACCAUCCGGAGCAUCACUGGACCGGCAAAGCGCCGGCUCAGGGGCGCCCUGGCCCACGUCAUGCCGUCGCGGCCCGGCACCUCGGCCACGACCGAGACGUCCCUGUUCGACUACGACCCCUCGGCCGACAGCGACUACGACCCGGAGGAGACGCGGCUUAUGCCGCUUUUUGGGCAGCGCGGGAGGCCCCCCCGCAAGGGAAACAGCCACAAGGCGCUCAAGUGGCUCGGGCUUGCAUAGCGCGGGCUGCUGUGGGCGUGGUGUUUGAUAUUUUCUUUCUUGUCUCCACUUUAAACAUUUUGGUGUUUCUUUUGCUCUAGAUUAAUUUGGCUGUUCCUUAUCUCAGGG